AAAAAAAAGGUACGUUUUUUAGGUCAGUGUUUUUGUUUGAAGGAAAAACGCGGCGAAAGUGGAGGUUGCAAAUGGGAGUUUCAUUUCAAUUUCAUCAUCAUCGUCUUCAUCUUCAUCUUCAUCUUCAUCCCUGAAGAAUCCAGGAAAAAGAGAGAUCUCUGUAAUUCUGAACAAGUCAAGGGCUAUUUCCGUAAUUCGGAAGACCCAGUAAAAGCAGUCGCCGUCUUUGUAUGAAAACGCUUGACAUUUUCGCUGUUGCCCGUUGCGAGGACUCAACACUUGGGGGAGAAACAACCCAAAAAUCCUCAAUCCCCCAACAUUCAACGCCCUCUUCUCUCCGUCGAUUCGCCGGUGAGGCAUGUUCGAGGGCAAGGAUCUCGCCUCCGACGGCGACAACUCUCAGACCAAGCUUCUGCGCCAUGUUUCCGACCGGAAGAGGGAAUUUUCUGAUGCCAAAUCUGGGUUCUCCGAUGGGUUGCAUCCCAAAUCCGCGAGAAUCGGGAAUUCCGGCUCUCAGGAACUGACUCUCAGCUACCUCUGUGAGAAUUCCAAGCUGGGUUCCGCUUCGGCUUCGGCUACGGCUUCCCCCGAGAAAGAGGUUCUUCCAGGGAAGGGUUUCGCGGCUUCCUUCGAGAAAGGUAGUUAUAAAGGUAAAGAAGUUUUGUUUUCUGAGAAUUGUAGCGAGGAUGAUAAAUGGGUCGAGAGGGAUUUCCUGAAUUUGAACUCGAAUAGGGGAAAUCACUCCAAGCGAGAGCUGGAGGAGGAGAUUGAGAGGGAGAAUCGGGGGAAGAAGCCGAAGCUCGAGACGCUUAAUCUUUCUUUAGCUUUACCAGAAGUCUCACUUUCUCUUACUGCUUCUAAUGCGCUCCAAAAUGAAGAUCCUCCCCCGGUUCGAUCCAAGCCCUGUAGGAGCCUUCAAUCUUUGGCACCAUCGAUGAAUAAUACCCAAACUACGUGUUCUAACGAUUUCACUGCUGCUUCGCUUUCCUAUUCCUACUCCCACCAAUUCUCCCACAACCCCAGUUGCUCCCUGACGCGAAAUUCGACUGAGAAUUUUGAGUAUUCAGUUGGGAGAGACGACCAUAUCUGGAAUUGUGGAGAGGGAACUAAUGGGUCUGUUCAUAGCAGGUUCAAACCAUUAGGGGAUGGGGUUGCCUUAUCAAAUCAUGGGGGUGGACUUAAUUCUUUGUUGCAGGGCAAUCGCCCUUUGAACAAGGAGUUAUGUAAUAACUCCGAAGAGCACUCCUUUUUUCCGUCUGAACUUCCGGCGAGACCGAGAAUGGAGGUGAAGUCAGGAAAUUCGAUUGGAAGGGGAUCGGAAAAUUUAAAGGGGCUAGAGGGUGUUGCUAGGCCGGAGAGGAUUCUUCGUGAAAUAGUCUCAGAAUCGAUCUCGGUCAUGUCUCAGAUAGUUCAGGAGCUUCCCGAUGAAACGCUUGCAUCAAUCAAAGAUCACUUGAAAGAUCUGAUUGCGACGCCUGACAAGAGAGAUGAAUUAUUGUCUCUCCAAAAGCGGCUUGAGSGCAGAUCUGAUCUCACUAAGGAGACUCUUUCGAAGUGUCACAAAGUCCAGUUAGAAAUUCUAGUUGCAGUGAAGAUGGGGCUCGCAAGUUUCAUCUCCGGGAAAAGCAGGUGUUCCAUUGCUGAGCUUGUGGACAUUUUCUUGUUUCUGAAAUGCAGGAACUGCAAGAGUGUAAUCCCGGUUGACGACUGUGACUGCAAAAUCUGCUCGGCCAACAAGGGGUUUUGCAGCUCAUGUAUGUGCCCCAUCUGUUUGAACUUUGAUUGUGCAAACAAUACUUGUAGUUGGGUCGGUUGCGACGUCUGCUCCCAUUGGUGCCAUGCUGCUUGUGGGAUUGAGAAGAAUCUCAUCCGACCCGGUCCGAGCCUCAAAGGUCCUUCAGGGACAACCGAGAUGCAGUUCCACUGCAUUGCUUGCAAUCAUGCCUCAGAGAUGUUUGGAUUUGUGAAGGAUGUUUUUGUGUAUUGUGCAAAGGACUGGGGUCUAGAAACUUUGAUGAAGGAGCUUGAGUGUGUGAAGAGGAUCUUCAUUGGAAGUGAUGACUACAAAGGUAAGGAUUUGUAUAUUAAAGCUGCUCAAAUGCUGGCCAAGCUCGAGAGGAAAGCACUUGCUCCUUGGGAAGCCUGCAAUACCAUUCUUGAAUACUUCAAUUAUGGCACGUCGGAGAUUUCAACGUCAGGCGUAUUCUCAGAGAAGUUGGGACCAAUCGAUACGACCAGCCUUGCAAAGGAUGGGAUGUCACAUCCUCAAUCGAGUUCCUUACCAUCGACAUACACCAUGCAGAAAAACACCCCAUCAAGGCCACAUCAUGACAUGAUUUCCAGCGAUCUUCGACGGAACGAUCUCAAAGCUUCCAUCACCAGCAACAUGAACGCAGACGACGAGUUCCAAUUCAGGACAUUGGCAAAGAAAGAGGGCGUCGAGAGCUUGGAAAGCAUCGUGAGGAUCAAGAAAGCAGAGGCAGGAAUGUUCCAAAACAAGGCGGAUGAGGCACGGAGGGAGGCGGAACGACUGAGACAAAUAAUCAUUGCAAAGACGGAGAAACUAGAUGAGGAGUACGCGGAGAAGAUCGGGAAGCUGUGCCUGAAAGAGGCGGAAGACAGGCGGAUGAAGAAGGUGGAGGAGCUGAAGGCAAUGGAGAACUCUCAAAUAGAUUAUUACAACAUGAAGAUGAGAAUGCAGAAGGAGAUAGGUGGAUUGUUGGAGAGGAUGGAAGUGACAAAAAAGCAAAUAGUGUGAGGUGAGGGGCAUGUGUUUAUUUCUAACUUGAUUUUUGUGAAGGUUUAGCAAUAAUGUUGACUGUAUUAAGGAUUAUAUUGCAAUAUGUUGUGUUUGUUUAUUGUUUAAGAUCGCAAUAGGCAGUGAUUGGGAAGCUCAAUCCUGAUCGAUUCUCUCUUGUCAAAAGUUACAAAAGUUUUCUCAUUCUUCUGAUUUCUUUUCUGUUCCUGCAUUAGCAUUAAUGUAAAGUGAAACACCCCCCACCCCCUGGAUCUUUAAUUUA